GCCUUGAAAAUUUAUUUAUCAAUUUGAUCUGAUGAUUGAGUGUGUAUUUUUUAAGAGGGCGGAUGGCCAAAGAUGCAAGCUCAGGUGUCGUUGUCAGCCUGAGAAUCGGAAGGUUGUUGCAACUUGGCCGGAUUGAUCUUUAAUACAGUAAUUAUAUAGUACAGCUCCUUCAUUCCUAUCAACAGUAUUUGGGCGUAGGACUGGAAAUGAUUCACUCAUCAAUUACGCAUUUCACACACUGAGAAAACCGUAACAUUCAGAUGAUGUUCGACCGUAUUAGGACGCAAGAUAGCAUAUAACCUGUCAUCUUUCUCACAAGAAAGACCUAAAGCAUCAGAAGAACAAUCUAUCAAAAGAAUUGUCUACAGAACACGCAAAGACCUACCAGAACUCGAAACCCUUAUCAAAAAUUCAUCAAAAUGGACCAACAAAAUCAGGACAGCUUGAACGGACAACAUCUACCAGGUAAAAAGCAUCCUACCACCUGGGAACAGAAUUAUGCUAUCGUUUUUGACCUGACAAGUAAGAAAAUAUACAGGGCAAACCGCUCAGAUAUUGAUACAUCAACUCACUUCCGCAUUGCUCUUUCCCGUCUUCUCCCAUUUGAGGAAGACACCGUCAGUCUGGGUAGGCGACGCACUUCCGACAGCCAAGACGUAGAACUCGUGGCUAAAGUCAGUGUCAAUUCUCUCGGAUUAAGAGAACAAAGAUUGAGAGGAGACAUCAUGGAAUGUUGGGUUUUGGAUAACGCGAAGGGAAAUACGCAGGGCACAUUGGUGGGAUGGAAGUUUAGGGACGCUUUUGAUUACUUUGAUAAGAAGUAAGUGAGAGUGGAAUAGUUGUGGGUGGAGUGGACUUGAGAAGUUCUGGCUGUUAGAGAACGACAGCACCGAUGUUGUCGGUAGUUUUGAGGGGGAGAACCACUGGUGCGCGGACACAUGAGACAGG